AUGUCUACUGUCAUUAGGAGUAUGAGACAACUUCAAGAAAUUUUAAAUAAUCCAGAUGCGUAUAUUGCAAUAAUGUUUAUUGAUGAAGAAAAUUAUCCAGAUUCCAAAAAAACAAAUGAAAAAUUUGAUAAAUUAGCUCUUGAAGAUGCUAAUAAUGCAGAUUACCAGUUUUAUAAGAUAUAUCUUCAAAAACCUGGUGAUAUUGAUGUACAUCGUUUUAUGACUUAUCAUAGAGAAGAUGAAAAAGUUGAUAAUGUUUUCUUUGCUGCUUUUAGUGGUGAUGAUCUGAUUCAGUAUGCUAAUGCGGAAAAUGAAGAAGAAUUCGAUAACAUUUUCAAUGUUUAA